UUAAUCAGCUUCAGUGUUCUGUCUUCCUCAGUCAUCAGUUUCAGGCAAACAUGAAAUAAAUCUGAUUUUCUUUGUAGAAAUUAUUACAAAGGGUCAAAGUAUCUCAUUGUGCAAAGGUAUCAGUCAGGAUAAGGAUAGAGUGAAGUCAUUUACUUGUAUUUGGAGAAAAUUUGGGAUUUGUUGUCAUUACAAAACCUGGACAUUUCUAAACGCUGAUAAAAAGACAUUCGAUCGCUCAGAGACGCUUCCAAACCACAGGAGCCGAAGGAAUUCAAUCCAAGUAUUAUUUAGUCAUUUAUUCCUGGAAAACAUCCAGAUCUGCUGGAAAAUCUCCUCAAAUUUCAACCAGGAUGUUUUCUGAUCUGCUAAAACCAAACGGCAAAAUCUGGGACACAAUUUCAGGACAACAUCAGCAAAAAGACACGUUUAAACAGGGAGGCACGGUAGUGGCAGUAUCAUUCUGGGAUCAUUUACAUUUAGCUGGAUCUGGAUGAAGUUCUGAAUAGUUCUGAUUACCAUCCAGCUGCGACCCAAAACCUUCAGGCGUCUAAAGAAGAAGAGGAUUUUAUUUCUCAGUAUCAAAGUGAGUCGGCAGUUUUAGCUCAAUUUACAUUUUUACUUCAUGAAUAAGAAAGUAAAGAAAAACUGAUUUAGUCUUACAGAAAAAGGCUGUUUAGAUAAAUAAUGUUUAUGCUACUUGUGGUCGAGUUAUUAAUGAUCCUGCAAUGACAAUGUUCAUCAAGUCAAUACUGAUAAAGUAUAUUUUAAAAUGUAUUCAGAAAUUAUUUGAAAUGAAAAAAACAACAAUUAAAUUAAAAAGUAAUUAUUUAAGAGAAUUCAAAUCCUUUGUUUGGUUAAAUGUGUGAAAGAACUGAAUGUAAAAUAUGAGGCUGGAUUUCUGUGUGACUGUCGCUGAGACAUGAUCCGACCCACAGUAACAAGAUAUUAUGUCUGUUGAUGUUUUAUUUUUAUUCAAAUCAAAUGUUCCUAUUUCUGUUCAUGUAACUGUAAAACAGUGCAGAUGUCAUAAACUUACAUUAAAAUCAAUAUGUUCAAACAUAUUUGCUCCACAAGGUGACAGAGAUCAGUAAUAAAUGAUCAAAAUAAAUAAAAUAUCACCAAUGUGGGAAGAUUCAGUGUAAUCUAUGAUCAUUUUAAUAAUCUCCCUGGUGCAGGUUGAGCCACGUUUCUCCUCACGGACCGAUUUCUCUCCCCCUGGAGGUCAUGCCGGGCAGCCCAGAGAACAUCCCCCUGGGGGAGUGCGCCCUCUCCCAGUCCCAGGACCGGCUGACGCCGCCCAGCCACGCAGCCAGCACCGUCUUCUCUCUGUCCCGCAGCGAGUCGCUCUGGACCCCGGAGCCGCCGCCCAAAAGAUGCGACGUGUUCUGGUUCCCCAUUCACUUCAUGUCCACCGGGGGCAGCUUCCUGGCCUGCGGCGUCAUCAUCAGCGGCCUGUGCUUCGCGGGCCAGUGCCAGCCGGCCCCCGCCCUGCUGGGACCGGCCCUGCUGUCCAUAGGGCUGAUGGUGCUGGUGGUGGGGGUGGUGCUCAUCCCCAUCACCAAGAAGAACAGGAAGCGCUCCCACAUGCGGAGGCCCCUCGGCUACUACAAGCCUCCGGUCGUCGACGUGUGACGUCAUCGGCGGUUUCCCGGUGACGCUGCGGCGUUUUCAGCAUGAGAUGAAAUCCAAGAAAUAUUUACAAUGCGGCUCAGCAUGGAGACAUUUCUGUUCCCCGCCGGGUCAGCGGGGGGCCGGGCGUAGAGUUACACUGUAAAACAUUAACGGCAACAUUUAGGUUGACUUAGUCUGUCACGUUAUUCAUACAUUUAUAAAUGUCAGAAUCCCAAAGUAAAUAUUUAGUUUACUAAAUAUGAAGUUAUCAGGCUGCAUAUUUAGUUUCAAACUAAAUGCUUACUUUAUAUUUAGCCACAAAUUAAAUAUUUAUUUUGCUAACUAAACAUUUAGUUUCAAACUUAAAUGUUAAGUCUGAACCAAAUAUUUAGCUUUCAAACUAAAUAUUUAGUUUGCAAACAAAUAUUUAGCAAACAAAAUUUGGGUUCCACUGUUUUGCUAAGUUAAUAUUUAGUUCCAAACUAAAUGUUUGUCUGAGCUAAAUAUUUAGCUUGCA